GACCUGAGCAGGGACAGGGCUGAUGGGAACUCAGCCAUGUGUUCUCAGUUCCUAAACACACAGUCAGCAGCGCAGGGGCCAACGACAUGUCCUCCGAGCAGAAGGAGCUCACGCAAACACCUCUGCUCAAGAUAUGGGUGCCGUGGAUGAGCAGUUCCCUAAGCCAGAGGAGAGGCUCUUCACGACCCCAGUUUACAAACUGUCCUACAAUGAUUGUGAUGGUUGGACUGCCGGCCAGGGGAAAGACCUACAUCUCCAAAAAGUUAACCCGGUACCUAAAUUGGAUUGGAGUCCCAACUCAAGUCUUUAAUUUGGGUCAGUAUCGAAGGGAGGUUGUGCAGACGUACAAGAACUAUGAAUUUUUUCGUCCGGACAAUGAGGAGGCCAUGAAAAUCCGCAGAGCCUGUGCCUCAAGCGCUCUUAAGGACAUCGCCAAUUACUUCGAUAAGGAGCAGGGACAAGUAGCAGUGUUUGAUGCUACCAAUACCACAAGGGAGAGAAGAGGGGUCAUCAUCAGUUUUGCAAAGGAGAAGGGCUACAAGGUGUUUUUUAUUGAGUCGAUUUGUGACGACCCAGAAAUCAUUGAGGCAAAUAUAAUGCAAGUAAAAUUAAGCAGCCCAGAUUAUGAAAACUACGACAAAGAGGAAGCACUGGUGGACUUUCUGAAUCGUAUUGAUUGUUACAAAAUGUCCUAUGUCUCCCUGGACGAGGAAAAGGACAGGCACCUCUCCUUCAUUAAGAUCUUUAACGUGGGAUCCAGGUACCUCGUAAACCGGGUCCAGGAUCACAUUCAGAGUCGUAUUGUGUAUUACCUCAUGAACAUCCACGUCACUCCACGAUCCAUCUAUUUGAGCCGCCAUGGAGAAAGUGAGCUCAACCUGCUGGGACGAAUCGGUGGAGACUCAGGCCUCUCCUCACAGGGCCAAAAGUAUGCUAGGGCACUCUCAGAGUUCAUCAGAGGUCAAUCCAUCAAGGACCUGAAGGUGUGGACCAGCCACAUGAGAAGGACCAUACAGACAGCAGAGGCACUGGGCGUCCCGUAUGAACAGUGGAAGGCAUUGAAUGAAAUCGAUGCGGGUGUAUGUGAAGAGAUGACAUACGAGGAGAUUCAGGCAACCCAUCCAGAGGAGUUUGCCUUAAGAGACCAGGACAAGUACCGCUACCGAUAUCCAAAGGGUGAAUCGUAUGAAGACCUGGUGCACCGUCUAGAGCCAGUCAUAAUGGAGCUUGAGAGACAAGAGAAUGUGCUGGUCAUCUGCCAUCAGGCAGUCAUGCGUUGUCUACUGGCCUACUUUCUGGACAAAAGUGCAGAUGAUCUACCAUAUCUAAAGUGUCCUCUGCAUACUGUUCUCAAACUGACUCCAUUAGCUUACGGAUGCAAAGUGGAGUCCUUCUAUUUGAACAUCCAAGCAGUGAACACUCACAGAGACAAACCCACAAAUGUGAAUGUUGCAAGAAAGCCAGAAGAAGCACUCCGGACUGUACCUGAACAUCUAUAAUCAUAAAAAAAAAAAAAAAUCUCAAAUUUGCCAUCUUUGCACAAUUAAUCUACACAUACUGUAUAUAGAUUGUGUAAAUGGAUAGCAAGGUGGGAGGAAGAAUAUAAAAGGGCAUAAUUAUGUGUUUUCAUUAAGAUUAUCAAGACUUACAAACACAGUGUGUUCUAAAAGUCUAAGACUGCAUCUGGGAAUUUUUUUUUUUAUAAUUUGUCAUUAAAUAUUUUGUAAUAAAUUAGAAAAUACAGGACAUAAUUUUUGCAUUUUCACUAGUAGUCUUGGACUUUUGAAUCCAAAUUUUGUUUUUUCCAACUAAACUUUAAAAAUCAAGUAUUUUGUUGAUAAGAUAUUGCAACUAAAGAGUGAGAAUUACCUUUUCUUACUAUAAAUGUUUAGUUAGAACAGGUGAAAUCCCUAUUGUAUGAAUGAGAAUGUAGUGUUUAUUUAAUUAAUUUGGUUGUUUUAAUAUUGUGUUCAAAGAGCUGGGAAUAAUGCCCUUUUAUACAUUCAUAAAGUACAGUAUUCAGAAGCUUGUUCAGUUACCAGUACCAUGGACAGCAACCAAACAAAUAAAUUUAUAUUAGCCAUCACAAUAUCUCACAAGAGCAUUCUCAAGCCACUUUACUCCUCACAGUUCAUUAUUUAUUAGUAUGUCCAUGAGAGCCUCUCCGGAAUCAUUUUCCAGCCUAACUGAGAUUUCUACAGUAAAUAUUACAUCAACUUACAGUAGUGCUGUUUAGAAAAAUUGUGUAACGGCUGAAAAGCUACUGGCACAGUUUUCAGAACUGUAGGCAUUCACGGGUUAAUGUUUUAUGGUUUUUCGUGCCCCCCAAAAUCGUGGCGAGACUGCGAAAUUUCCAGUAUGUACACGUGAAAAGAGCUACCCUUGAAACCCACAAAUACCUGCGGAUGAUCGAAGCACAUUUGUCAUUGCAACCUAGUUUUUUUCCGGGCUAAAUGAGCAUCCAUCUCGCUCAUGGCAUUAUCGUGGCUUCAGUAUCAUUUUUAGGUUCUCUUUAAAAGGGAGGGGGCUAUACUACCUCUUUUAUAAACAACUUUGUGCCGUAAAAUGUGAAGUCAGUGGAAGACCUUACUCACUCGUCUUACGAGCAAAACAGUGGUUUUGGCUUUCCCACAAACUGAAAGCAUGGGUGUUAAACUGGAUUUGACUAUACACGCAGUUGUUUUCAUCCUACUGACUGUUGUUUCUUGUGGAUGUGGGCACGCGGACGCGCACUCAGUCCCACUCCAGGUAUGUGUACUUGGUAAUAAAAUUAUUAUUAAUAAUUUUGCA